AUGCUUAAUGAAUGUGCUCAUGGAAAUGGAGCAGAAAAUAGUAAUCCAGGUCCAAGAGGCAGUACACGGAAACCAACAGUAGCUCCCAUAGCGAAUCCACCUAAACUGACAAAUGAGAUGAUAGAGGAAAAACUGCGGAAAGCGGAAGAAAAACGAGAAAAAGAAGAUGAGUGUACGACUACUUCGAUAAAAUUGUUAGUUAGCAAGAUAGAAGUUGCGGUUAAAUGUGAAGAAGCAGCGAGUAAAGUAACUAAAGGAGUUACGCGUAUGCUAUUAUUAAAGCUAGAUACGGUCUGUUGCAUUACCAGUGAAUUGUCGAUGCGUGUUCAUCGAACAACAACAUGA